AUGUGGCCAGUCUGUCUGCUACUCUUCGACCGGGGAGAUAUGCUGCAUCGCUGGUCGUACCCCUGUCUGCUAGCACUGGCUGUGACGCUCUGCUACCAGAACGCCCUGCACUGUGACCUGGUGUUUGAUGACGUCAGAGCGAUUCACGGCAACCGCGACCUGCGUCCCGACACGCCCGUCUCCAGUCUGCUGAGCAACGACUUCUGGGGAACACCCAUGGAAAAGGAUCACUCGCACAAGUCGUACCGGCCUCUCUGCGUUCUCACCUUUCGCUGGAACUACUUCUUCCACCAGCUCAGCCCUAUGGGCUACCAUCUCGUCAACGUUAUUCUUCAUGGUGUCGUAUGCUUCCUCUACUUCAGGCUGUGCAAUCUGUUCGUAUCGAAGAAGUGCAGCUUUUUGGCUGCCAUGAUGUUUGCUGUCCAUCCCGUCCAUACUGAGGCGGUGACAGGAGUGGUGGGCCGAGCAGAGCUGCUCUCAGCGCUCUUCUUCACCUCUGCAUUCCUGGCCUACACUAGGUCCGUCCGAACGAGAACAACGACAGACUGGCGGUGGAUGUUUGUCACUAUGGUGUGCGUCACUGCGUCUCUUCUCAGCAAGGAGCAGGGCAUCACCAUCGUGGGAGUCUGUGUCGCCUAUGAGCUGUUUGUUGUGCAGAAGCUGCGGCGGUCGGAGCUGCGGUACCUACUGAGGUCACUGGUCAGUGGGAAGGCACCUCCUCCCGGCUGGCUAACGGAGUCGGCACCGCGGCUGACCGCACUGACCGUCACGGGACUCAGCCUGUUACUGGCCAGAGUCAGAGUCAUGGGUGCCAGACUGCCCGUGUUCAACAGGUUCGACAACCCAGCGGCAGCCGCCGGCUGGCCGACGCGCCAGCUGACCCACAGUUACCUAACGGCGGUGAACAGCGGCCUGCUGUUGGCACCUGACCCGCUCUGCUGCGACUGGACCAUGGGCACCGUGCCGCUGGUGACAUCUAUCGGCGACCGGCGCAACUUCAGUCCGCUGGCGGUGGCCGCAGCUCUCUGCCUCCUUCUGCGGCGAGCAGUCGGUGAUUACGAUCGACACUCGUCUGUCAUACUCAUGGGCUUGUCGCUGCUGGUGAUUCCGUUCCUGCCGGCCUCCAACCUGCUCUUCCCGGUGGGGUUCGUCGUGGCCGAACGGGUGCUCUACAUACCCUCCAUGGGAUUCUGCCUACUCGUGGCCGCCGGAUUCCACAAAAUGACUCGAUACAGACGGUAUUCCGCCCUCCUCCGCGUCUGUAUCUGUCUGCUGCUGGUGUGCCACGGCCUCAAGACGUACCGGAGGAACCAGGACUGGCGGGACGAGCUCUCCCUGUUCACCGCCGGACUGCGCGUCAACAGGAACAACGCCAAGCUGUACAACAACGUGGGCCACGUGCUCGAGAACCGGUCCCAGCUGCAGGAGGCCCUGGCGUUCUUCCAGCAGGCAGCCAGGGUACAACCAGAUGAUAUAGGAGCACACAUCAACAUUGGGAGAGCGUUCAACAGCCUCAAGAUGUAUCCAGAAGCCGAACAUGCUUACCUCAAGGCGCGGUCCCUGCUGCCGCGGCGCCGGCCCGGAGCGGGGACGCACCAGUCGAGGGUGCCGCCCCACCACCUGACCGUACUGUUCAGCCUGGCCAACCUGGUGUCACGCGACCCGGCGAGGCUGGAGGAGGCUGACGCCUUCUACCGCGAGGCCAUCAGCAUGCGGGCCGACUACACCCAGGCCUACAUAAACCGUGGCGACGUGCUGGUGCGUCUGAACCGGACCCGAGAGGCGCAGCGCACCUACGAGACGGCGCUCUUCUACGACAACGAUAACCCGGACAUCUACUAUAACCUGGGUAUCGUGUACCUGGAGCAGGGCCGCCUGGCGCAGGCGCUGGCCCACCUGGACCGGGCGCUGGAGCUGGCCCCCGACCACCAGCAGGCGCUGCUCAACUCGGCCGCCAUAAUCCAGGAGUCGGGCGCGGCGCGACUACGGCCGACGGCACGGCUGCGUCUCCGGCGGCUGCUGCAGCUCACCCCGGCCGUGGUGGGAGCAGACAGAGUCCACUUCAACCUGGGCAUGCUGGCCAUGGACGAGCGCGACCUGCCCGCCGCCGAGACGCACUUCAGGAAGGCUGUGGAGCUCAGGCCCGACUUCGACAGCGCCCUGUUCAACCUGGCGCUACUGCUGAGUGACUCGGGCCGGCCUCUGGAGGCGGCGCCGUUCCUCCAUCAGCUGAUCAAGUACCAGCCCGAUCACAUCAAGGGACUCAUCCUGCUCGGAGACAUCUACGUCAGCGGAACGAAGGACCUGGACGCCGCAGAGCGAUGUUACGAGCACAUUUUGCGUCUGGACCCUGACCACGUGCAGGGUCUGCACAACCUGUGUGUGGUGUACGUGGAGCGAUCAGAGCUGGCCAGGGCCGAGCAGUGCCUGCUGCGAGCGGUUCACUUAGCCCCUCACGAGGAGUACAUCCAGAGACACCUGCGGAUCGUGCGGGAGCAGCGGCGGACAGCGGACUCCCAGGAGGCGCUGCCGCGCCCCGGUGGCGCCGGCGCUACCGCCCCGACCGGCCGGGCCGCCGGCAGCUGAGGGUCAGUUCAGCUGGAUUUUGUGUACAAUGCCGCUACCAACUUUAAAAAUAAACGGUCCGGUGGAUCAAUCAGGGUGUCAUUGCAAUGUAUAAGUAUCAUUACUCGACUUGUGGGUGGGAGUCUUUGUUCACAAAACCAGAAGUAAUGCCUAAC